ACGAUCCGGUUCGGUGCGGUCUGGUGAACGCUGCGCUCAUCCAUCCGUCGCUAUCGUCAUUCGUCGUCGUCGCGUAGUCGUCACGGACGGUUGAUCUGUUAUACACACAUGAUCAUAUCGGUUUUUAAUUUUUUUAUUUUUAUCGUCGAGAAUACACCGCGGUAUGUUUUUUAACGACCCAUCGUAAUUUUAUUUAUUUACACUGCACUAUUAUAUUAUUAUUAUUAUUAUUUUAUCACUUUUCGCGCGUCGAUCUAUUCUACUUGUCGACAUAUAUGUACAUGACGACGUACUAGGCAUAUAAACGAUCUUGUUUUGAACACCGCGCAUAAUUCGAUUUAGUUCGAUAAUUGAAUAUUUCUUAUACGAUUUUUCCGACGCACAUCUCCUCGGAUCGGACGUGAGUUAUUUGUUUUUUCGUUUUGGAGUGACAUCAAAAGUUUAUCGCCUGCAUACCCUUGGAACCAGCAUUCGUGUAUGACUCGACUUCCCCCCACCCAAUCCACGUCGACAUGAGUAGAGGCAGUAGCGACGAUGGAGGUGGCGGUGGUGGCGACACAGACGCCGGUCGAAGCGACGAUGAGCGUUCGCUGUCCAGUGAGAGUAGCGGCGUUGGCGGCGUCGACAUCGGCGACGGUUGCCGAAGCCGUAGCAGUAGCGCAAAUAGCAAUAAUAACAACGGAAAAAAAGACACGAUCGCGACUGUCGACGAAGGUGUUGGCAUCAUCGGCGCGGGUUUAAACAGUAGUUUUAGCUUUUUCGAGCUUCCUGCCAACGCAGCUGCUAUGCCCUACAACUUAGAGUUGCGGAACGCUGGUGCGGGCGGCGUAUGGACCAAGACCCAGCUUUCCAAAGGCGUCAAGUACGGACCGUUCCUGGGUAAAUGGGGCCCGAAGCCGGUGGAUUUGCGGUUUGCUUGGGAGGUUCGUAUCGCCGGGUACUCUGGAUAUUUGGACGGCACAAUCGAAAUCUGCAAUUGGCUGAAAUUCGUUCGGUCCACGAACGAUUGCAAUAGACAAAACGUCCGAGCGUUCUUGUUGGCCGGACAGAUAUUUUACGAACUGACGCAAACAGUCAAAGCUUCAGAAGAAUUGUUAUUGGGCAAGAGAGAGCCGCUGAAUUUGGACGCGGCAUUUGGAGAAUUAAUGACGGCGUCCGCAGAGGAUCGGAGUGAAAGAGACUCAGUUGUCGCGUCGCAAAACUCGCUGGGUUCGAUCGACGGCGACGGAGACGUGGACGUGGACGCCGAAGAACCGGACGAAGACGAUCAAAACCGGUGCAUCUUGUGCGAGAAGUGUUUUCCCGACAUCGAACAGCUCGACGAUCACCUGGUUUCCGGUCACCACUACAAGGCCAAUCAAUACGGGUGCGAGCUGUGCCCACAGUCGUACAGUUGGAAGCCGUGCCUGAUCCGGCACCUGGCUCUGGCCCACAGCCGAAAGUUCACUUGUGAGACCUGUUCAAAGGUGUUUAGCGACCCGAGCAACUUGCAGAGGCACAUCCGGACCAAUCACGCGGGCGCCCGGUCUCACGCCUGUUCCGAGUGCGGCAAGACGUUCGCCACAUCCAGCGGGCUGAAGCAGCACACGCACAUCCACUCGAGCGUGAAACCGUUCCAGUGCGAAGUCUGUUUCAAGGCUUAUACUCAGUUCUCGAACCUCUGCCGACACAAGAGGAUGCACGCCGAUUGCCGCAUGCAAGUCAAGUGCGAUCGGUGCGACCAGUCGUUCAGCACGGGCACGUCGCUGUCCAAACACAAGCGAUUCUGCGAGUCGAACCCGUCGCCGGAACCAUCGCUAUUCAGGAAGUCCGGUCCCGCGACAGCCGGUGGCAACGGAGGCAUACCGUCACUGCAACAGCAACAGGAAUCCGGGGCCGCAGCCGCCGCGUUGGGAUCGUCGUCUCUGUCCGUGUACCCGCGGUUCCCGCCGUACCCGCCACACCCGCUCGUUCACCCGUUCUACUUUCAAUCGGCGGCCAACGGGUCGCUGCCUCCACCGCCGUUGUUCUUGACGCCGUUUAGCCCGUUCAGUCAGUUGGCGCCCAAGUUGAACAUGGACAUGCUGUCCAGCGCCGUUGAGGUGUGCAACUACCGGUUUAAGAGAUCGGCCGCCGACGCCGAACUCGGCGAGACGCCGGCCAAACGCUCGUCGUCGUUCAACGCCGGCCAGAAGACGCCGCCGCCGCAGCCGCCCACGUCAUCCGGCGUGGCUGCACUGAUGGGUUCGAGCAAGACGUCGCCGCUGGUCGGCGAAGAAGCGUCUUCCAACCAGCGACCGUCGCCGGCGCGCCCCAGCGCCACGUAUCCCGACCCCAAGGUUCACGUCAAGCGGAAGCGGUCCGGGGACGAGGACUGCAGCCCGUGCGACCUGUCCGUCAACACGGAUAUACUGUGCGGCGGCGGCGCCGGAAGUGGUUCGGCGGACGAGCUCAUGAUGGACGAGAGCGUGAGCGAACGUCGGUCGUCCGACGAAGACGGAUCGCCGUGCCGAUCGGCGGACCAGCCGCUCGACCUGUCCGUGACAAAAGCGCAGCGCCGACGAAAAAAGUCUCCGUCGGCCGUUCGUCAAGCACCUCCACCGCAGUCGCGGGACGAUAGCCCGCACGCCGAGCAGCGCGGUCGCAAACGAUCGCCGCCGUCGUCGCCUCCUCCGCCUCAACCGCUGCCUCCGCCACCGCCACCACCGCCGGCUCAGAGACCGUCGUCGUCGUCGCCGUACUCGGUCAGCAAUCUGAUGGCCUACCCCAAACCGCUGUACUUGGAUUCCAUUUACCCAGCGGCGCUGUCCGGGUUCGCCGAGAGCCAGCUGCAGCACAUGCAGGCGCACCAGCCUUUCGGACCGUCCGCCGUCCGGCCGCCGUUCGCGUUCAUGUCCAGCACGUCGCCAGCCAUCGAACACUUUCUCCGCCAGCCCAUGCCCAACUACUCGAAAUCGUACCAGGAUAUCAUCCAGCAGCACCAGAACCACCAGGCGGCGGCGGUGGCAGGACACCAGCAGCAGCAACAGCACCACCACCACCAACAGCAGCAGCAGCAUCAACAGCACGUCAAAUCAAAGGACAGGUACGCGUGCAAAUACUGCGGCAAGGUGUUCCCGCGCAGCGCCAACUUGACCCGGCACGUGCGCACGCACACCGGCGAACAGCCGUACCGGUGCGCGCACUGCGAACGGUCGUUCAGCAUAUCGUCCAACCUGCAGCGGCACGUGCGCAACAUACACCGGCAGGAGCGCAACUUCAAAUGCAAUCUUUGCAACCGACGGUUCUCGCAGCAGACCAACCUGGACCGGCACGUCAAGAAGCACGAGGCGGACGACGGCACGGCCGUGGGCACGGUCACCAGCAGCUCGGCGAGCAGCGUCGACGAGAAGGAGGACCCCAGGCUGUUCGAGAUCCGGAGCUUCAUGAAGAAGGUGAGCGACCACGGGUCGGCGGCCGAGAUGCAGAACAACAACGUGGUGGUGGACCCGUGCGGCCUGCAGCAGCCCGACAACAGCCUGCAGCAGUACGCGGCCCACUUAUGACCCGUGGCUCCGCCGCUCUACCUGAAUUGGGCCCGUUAACGGGCCACACGGCACGGGGCCCUUCGCAGAGCUCAAAUUUUGCGGCGGCGGCGUCGUCGUCUCCGUCAUGGCACAAUAAACACGUACGAUAAUGUACGGUUGUAUCGUCACCAAUCUCCGAGUACCUACCUCCACACACGCGCGCGCGUGCACGCAUAUUUUAUUAUACAUAUUAUUAUUAUUGUAAUUAAAUUAUAUUAUAUAAACUAUAAGGUCUCCGCCGUCCCUCUCCCGUCGUCCGUUCCUCCAAUUAUCGUUUAUAUUAAUUACUUAUUGAUUUCGUCGUCCGGAAGGAAGUGUGCGGACGGUCGCUGGCGCCGCCGCUGCACCAAAGCUGUAUUUUGUUCUCCGCUUGUUUUCCCACUCGAUUCGCCUUCGACUAUGAAUUGAUGUAGUAUAACGAUCAUCGUACACUUCUAAGCUAUACACGAAAUCAAGUCGCUGUCGUCGGAUGCCUCGUAACAAUAUUUAUACAUAAAUAAUAUACGCUCAUCGCGUCCGCCCGACAUCCGGUCGGACGCCAUAACCCCCCCCCCCCCCAUAUAUAGUAAUAAAUUGUUUAGGUACAUCGAGUUAAUUCAUCAUUAACUACUGUCGUCGCCACAAUUAACGUAGUGAUUCCGUGACACUGCCGUCGCCGUGUUUCGUUUGCUGCUACCGGCCAUCAUGAUAAUAUCAUGAUAUAUUAUAUUGUAUUAUUAUUAUUAUUAUACGUAUAUUUAUCAAUUAUAAAUAUCAUCAUCAUUAUUAUUAUUAUGCUCGCACCAAAGUAGACAUCAUGUCAUUAUAUGAUAUUAUUAAACUAUUCAAAUUUUUAGAAAUUUUACAUAGCAAGGAUUUUUAUUUUACUUCUCUA